UAUCUCCGACCUCCGCUCACUGACGUGGGGAAAGCGUACCUGUAAUCUUUGGGCCAAUUUACCUGUGUUAUUUCUGCAGUAGGCAGCAGUCAGACACAGUGUCGCAGGUGUGAUAACGAGAUCGGACAAACCAGGGUGUUGUGUGUGACUGUCCCCUAAAAACAGUGGACAUCCCCAGGGUGGGGACUUGUUGUGCUAGGACAUCUUUUAUUAAGGAUUCUGCAUGUUCAAAACAUGAAGUAUGACGUCCCCGAGGAGAUCUUGGAGCCAAUACAUUGGUAUGGGAGCAUGUCUUCAAAACGAAAGAAUACCCCAACAAAGCUGCCAAAAGACGACGUCGUAAGCGAGCGACCAAUCAGUGAGUGUGACAGUAACCAAGAUAGUGACGGAGAAUUAGACCCCGCCCAUUUACACAUUGUCACAAAAUCGGACAGCGAAUCUCAGGACUCCGAUAGCUGUGGAUUGGACAGACCCCCCAGCAAAAAACAACGAAUUCUCCAACGAGUACGACAAGGGUCUGACUCGGACAACGAGCUUAAUUUCUCAACACAUUUCAACAAUAAUAAUAAUCAUAUCACAACAAAGUCCACUUUUGGACUGCAGAGAAAGUCUAUGGACAGUGUACUCCGACGAUUGAGCUCAAAGUCUGACAGUGAGCUCGAGAAUAACAAUAUGGCUGAUAAAUCGGCAAAUUCUGAUGUGCGUGUGAAAGAAAGUAUUCAGAUGCUACUUAGCGAUGGUAGCCUGACUGACAAGGAGCGCAGACUCAGUGACAUGAUUGCUCAACUGCAAGACCUGAAGGAAGACAUCAGCAAACAGAAUAAAGUGGGAAGUGAUGAAAUGGCUGAACCAUCGGAAUCCAAAACAUUAGUUCAAUCAUCUGCGAAUUCAUCAUAUGCAUCAUCGAAAAGUUCAUCCCCUGUAACUAUGGAUACGAUGAAAAGAAUGUCUGUGUCUCCACCAAUGGCUGCUUCUCCAUACCAUGCCUCCCCCCACUCCCAGACAUCACCACGACAAUGCAGCCCUCACAAUGCUAGCCCCGCCCAGGCAUGGAAUGAGCAUCAUCCCGUCCCCACAGGUCAGGAAAUUCCGCUGAAUCUCACAAAACCAAAGGCAGAGUUCAAGUUAGAGCAUAUGGACAAUGGUUAUGGUAUUGGACCUGGGGCACAUCCUGAGCCCAUUGUGACACCACCACCGGCCCAUAGCAACCACAGGCGACAGACAGCAACCUCAACUCCCCCUACAGACACAGUGACAUCAUUCAUGCAGACACGGUCGCCCUUUGGUCUUCCUCAGUAUGUGACUAGUCCGUACAUGAUGGCCAACCAUCUUCCUGUGUCCGCAGUUCUCAACAGUUUGUCCGCACACUCUCCACUUCUAAAUGGAAAAUCACAUUCCGAACUAGAGAAGGAGAGCCUGGUACAGGAGGUAUUGGCACGACAGCUACAACACAGUGUGAGUGGACCAGUGUUUCCGGGUCUCCAUCUACCCCUGUACACCGGCGCCGCCUUCCCACAACUCCCUCAGGUCAACCCAAGCAUCAAGGGCAGGGCAGAUAACUCCCCCGACGACUCCCCUAGCAACGGUGCUUAUGUCCAACACUUACAAAGUAAGAUGUUCGGUGCAAAGAUAAUUCGUUCCAACAAGGAGAAGAAUGACCCCUCAAGACCCCACAUCAAACGACCAAUGAAUGCCUUCAUGGUUUGGGCUCGUGAGGAACGCAGAAAGAUCCUCAAGGCAUGUCCUGAUAUGCACAACUCCAAUAUCAGCAAAAUCCUUGGAGCUAAAUGGAAGGCUAUGACCAACGCGGAGAAGCAGCCAUUUUAUGAAGAACAGUCUCGUCUCAGCAAACUUCACAUGGAGAAACACCCUGACUACCGAUACAGACCCCGUCCAAAACGCACCUGUAUAGUCGAUGGCAAGAAGUUAAGAAUUUCGGAGUACAAGUCUUUGAUGCGGUCAAGGAGACAGGAUAUACGGAGAGUUUGGUACGGGGAUUCCGGCACAACCUAUGUGGAGGGACUCUUAGGAGAACAGUCACCCAAUGCUGGUUUCGAGGGUGAGCAGAAGUUAGCUGGGACUGAUGGUAUGAAUGGAUCCCAUAUGGAACACGGCAUGCUGGGAGAGUUAGGUCCCGAGGGGGACAGUAGUGACAAUGAUGACUACAGUGAUACAAUGGAACACCUGUCUGACGUCAGCCUAGACACGCCAAUGUCGAUAGCGGCGGGUAGCUCGGCACCUUUCAGACCGGGACUGAGCCCACAUCCCACCGCUGCCACCGCAACGACAUCAUAGCUUCCAGUGCAUCAUCAUCACUAUAUUCCCUCUACAGACAUAAAUGGCAGCAUGAUGAACGAGAGAAAUGAUACAAGAUGCUGGUGAACUUGUAUUUAAGAGAACGAGAGGAUUUUGUGAUUCGGAAUGGAAGGGGCCUCAAUUCUGUGUAAUCCUUGUAUGUUUAUAUAGUGAUACGACGUGACACCUUGUAGUGAUAUUGAACAAGCUAAGCCAUUGGACACAACCUGACACUGUUUUCACCUUUCUACUGCACAAACGAAUAAAAUGUUACGGACAUUCCAAAUUCACCUUGCCAAGAACACAACCAUGUAUUGUGAGUCGGACAAACAUUUUGUUGAUUCGAGUCGGACACAUGCUUGACUUUAGUUAUUCAAAGUCUGACGCGCAUCUGACCUCAUUUUUGGGUCAGACAAAUGUUUGACUGCAAUUAUAUAUAGUGCAGAGUGGUGUUGCCAUAGUGACAUGGUGCUAGAUGGGCUGUAGAUUUAUCAUAGAUAUAUGUGUUGUUACGGUAGUAGAAUGACUGUUGGGUAGUGAUUUUUGGGUGGGUGGAGGCAUUGUGACCAUAAUGUUGUUGGGAGUUGGGCAGGGAACUUUUAAUUGGUUGGGAUGGAUAGUAUUGGGGACCAGUAACUGGGUGGGUAGAUUUUGUGGAUGGAUAAAUGAGAAUUUAUUUGUCAAUUUUGGGGAUGGGUAACAAGGGUUUGGCUGGUUGGCGGUAGAUUUUUGGGACGGGUAAUCAGGGAUGACAAUAAGGGUUAUGUACAGGGAGACAGGUUGUGUAAGCAAGGUGACUAUGUUAGUUGUGAUAGUGCUUGUUCAGCCACCAUAACAUCCAUCCAGCCAGUCAAAAUAGCAAUAUAAAUAAAUAUAUAUAUAUAUAUACUCGUCGCUUAUAAAUAUGUAUUUUCAUGGCCAUGACGAUGUCCACAGACGGGACUUAACACUAUAUCUAUGUAUAGUUUAUGUAUGUGAACGUAGAGUACUAUGUGUUUUAAGGUAGACUGGACCACAAAUCAUUGGUUCAUUUCGUUCCACUGCCUAACCAAUCAUAAUCAGUUAAUUAACUUAUAUAUUAUUACAUACUUCUACAUGAUUGGUGGAGAUUUUCCACCAAUCGUAUCAAUGUAACUAUCCAAUACUGGGUCCAAGAUCUACUUAUAUAUCAUCCAGAAUUUCUUUUUUUUUUUUUUUUUCUCAGUAUUUUUUUUUUAGUAUGACUUGAUGAUAUUUUGUUAAUUGUUAUUGUUUUAAAUGUUACGACCUUGGGAAGAGCUGUUGCACCCUGGGACACCUUAUAUGGGCACUGUGGUGCUUCCCUCCGAGUACAAAGUUUUAACUUUCUUUUACACUAGACUCAAUGGUGAUACCCUUCUAGCACUAAGCUACUUCUCUCUGAGAAAACAUUCAGGUGCUUUCUCUGAAGUUCUUGCUGCUUUUGGUGCCACCAUGGUGCUUUCUUUCGAGUAUGAAUUUGCUACUCGUUGGACACCCUUGUGGUAUUAUCCUCUGAGUGUAAAGUUAUAACUCAGCGAUAAACACGAUACUCCCUCUAUUUAUUCCAUUUUCGUACUAAGUACUCAUUUUAUUUUAUAAUUUAUAUCUUGGUCACUGACACACUAAAACCUUAUUUUGAAAUGUGUUAAAGAACAUGGAAAACAGUCAUAGUUAAAGUGUAAUUUCAUGUGGAAUACAUGUAGCUUCAUUUUGUCACUAAGAAAUGAAAUAUAGAGUUUUUGAUUUUCGAAACAUUUUUUUAGAUCUUCAUGUGCAAAUUUAUGUUUUUGUCAUUAACAAAAAAAAUAUUUUCUGGACAUUAUUUGAAAAAAAUGUCAGAAUGAAUUAUUGUGCUGCUCGUGAGGAUAGCAUUCAGCCACAUCGCCAUGACAACGAUGGUGUACAUCAAUUUGAUACCUGGUUUCAUGUAUUGUUACCCUGCGUCUCUAGUUAAUGUCCGUGUAUCUGUAUGUAUGUAGACUAUCAGUUAUUUUUUUGUUUCUUGUUAUUUUACAAAAAUAUUAUAAUAUAAAUCAUGUGAAUGUGUAGAAGUGAAUUACAAUUUAUUGUAUCGGUAGUAAAAUUGAAUCAUAGAACACAAUACAUUUUAUUUCUUAGUUUUUACAUAUACAUGUAUCUAUGAAUUUUUCUUCAUGAACAAAAGGAAAUUUGCCUAUCAGAUCAAAUACAAGCUUUGAAAUCCAAUAUUGUCAACUGCUGCAAAACUUUUUGUUACUUGAUUAAGAAGCUGCACAAAUUAGGUUUAGACCCUUUAAUUUUCAUAUCUGUGAAACCUAUUUUCUUAGAACUAUAGUUAAUAUAUAUUUAAAUAUUUGUUAUUUUUCUCAAAGUCGCCUUAACUACAAAUUAAAUCAUAUUGCUAAUGCUUUUACUUUAAACAUGUUUUGUUCAAUUUUCCCCCCUCAUAGAUGAUUUUUUUCACUAGUUAAAAUUGCAUAUGUGUAACAUGUCCCAUGAUUAUAGCUAGUCUUUUGAUUACAAUGCAAUUAAUUAAUGAAAAAAGUAGUGCUAUAAUAUAUUGAACACAAAAAAAUAUAAUAUUUGAAUUUCUACAUCAGUGUAAUAUCUAAUAAUUUCCCUUGUAACUUUUUUUUUUUUUUUUAGUGAAAUAACAGAACAACUAGAUUAUGGUUGAAGCAGACAUUUUGAUGUUUCUGGAUUUUGUUACACUAAUAUUCUGCUUUUCAUUAUCGUUAUGUUCAUAAAUACAUGUAGCCUGACACAACUGCCAUUGUACAGAAAUAGAAAAAUGGUGCAUUUAUGUUAAUGAAUUAGUUGCCAUAGUACCCUCGUCAUUUUGUCCCAUUUGUCAUUGACAUUGACACUGUCGUCGUGGUAUUUUGAUCUCAUUUUUUUUUUUUUUUUGCUGAUUGACACUUGAGGCGAAAUGUUACGCCUCUUCCCUUGUUGUAGUACCGCCUUAUUUUCCGUACCCCCCACAUAAUCCAUGUCUAUGCCGCCUCAUUUUAACUGCCUCGUUAAUAGAUAUACAUGUAUACAUAAUAUGUAAACAUAUAGGUAGACCAAUAACAAUUUUUAUUUAUACGGCAUUUUUAUUUUUUUUAAUUUUAGACAUUUUCAACUGCGAAUAUUAUGAAACUGAGGCUUGAGUCAUAAACCUUAGCUGCUGUUAAAAGACUUUCCCUACCACACCUUAUAUUUCUGUUAUUUAUGCUGGAACAGCAUUUGUUAUCAUGAGAUAGUUAUUGCAGCAUGUGUACCUGUUGUUUUAUUUCAUUUUGUACCCGACAAGUUUUUAUCUUUGACACAAAGCAUAUUGAACCAUGCCGGAUAAAAACAUUAGUAGAUAUAUAUAUUUUAUGUAUAUGUUGAUUUCUUUACUAUUCUACAAAGUUGUCCUGUCAGCUGAAAAUCACAGCCACAAAAUGAGAAAUAAUGAAAUAUGACUAAUGCGAUUUUCUUGGACUAAGAAACUAUUGCAGGUUGACUUCUUGACUACCAAACAGAAUUUAUCUUUAUAUUGUGCAGUAAAUUGAAAGAAUUUGUCUGUAUGAUGUACAGAAAUUGCUCUGAUUUUUUUUUUUUUUUUUUUUGAUUUUAUAAAAUUGACACCACUAUGUCCUCCUAAGUCAGUACUCGGUUGUCAUGGCAACCUAGGUUGACACUUUGUUGUCAUGACAACAUAGGUAAGCGUUUUGUUAACAUAGCAUUCAAAAUCCUAAUUCAGUUUUUACGACCACUAAGAACAUUUGUUUUCUUGUCUACCAAAUGAUAAGUCAUUUAAAACUCUUAAGAUUUUCGUACUUUUAAAAGUAUCAAACAUAAUCAACUUCCCCCUUUUUUUAUAGAUUGAUUAGUUAAGCAUUUGGAUAUAAUUAAGCUUUAUAUAUAUAGAUAUAUAUAUAUAUAAAGAUAUAUACAUAUGAAGUCUGUUAGAUUUUGUCAGAAGCUGUAACUGAUGAUGUGUAAUAGAUAUUUUGAAGACAUAAAACUCUAUUCAUAGGUCAACUAAGUGGUGCCACCUGUCAUUAAAUUAGUGAACAUGGACACAUUUCAUCAUUUUGAUGUGAAUGUGGCCACCAGACAUCUGGUUGUGGCAUCAUGUCUCAUGGUUUGUGGAUGUGGCCAAACAACAUUUAUUAAGGGGAGAGGCCACACAUCAUUUUAAUUUUGGGUGUGGUCAGUCAAAUGGUUCAGCUACACAAUGCUGUCUUUAUUACUUAAUGAUUUGUCUACAAAUAAGCUUCUUUUUAUUAUAGUUUAAGUUAUAGAUUUGAUAAAUUGAUUGACUUUGUGAGAACAAAUUAAUAAAAUGUUUUAUUAAAAGAA